AUGCCACCGCAACUGACGUACUUUCCAACCGUCCAUGUCAUCGACCUCGCCGAAGCGGGGUACAUCAAGCCCCACGUCGACUCGAUCAAGUUUUCUGGCCAAAUCGUCGCUGGCAUUAGCUUGCUCUCGCCGUCUGUGAUGCGCUUCAAAGAAGAGGUCGGGCCGUCGCAGCUCGAUGCAUUCCUGCCGCGCCGAUCGUUCUACUGCAUGAGUGGCGGCGUCCGAUACCGCUAUACCCACGAGAUCCUGCCGGGACACCAGACAUUUCAAGGCCGCGACGUCGAGCGGACGCGGCGCAUCUCCAUCAUGUUUCGUGACGUCUUUGACGAGACGGCCAAGUCCAUUUCCGAUGAAAUGCUGCAAAUCGUCGCAAGCCGGACCUCGUAGAUUGCUACAGCCCUAAUUGCACUAACUAGAUAGAUCAAGGAC